UCAGCGGUAUCACAUCACAGCAGCAGAUGUUCGGUCGAAGUGUUUGCAAGUGUCCGCUGCCAAAAGACGCCAUUCUACGUCGAAAUCCUUGAUAAUUCACACAAGGAAAGACUCAUUGGAUAUAUAAGUACCUGGUUGUAGUAUACUCAAAGGUUCUAUAGCCAUGGCUUUGAGGGUUCACGUCUGUACAUGGAAUAUUAAAACCACCAGCCCCCCAGAUGAAGAUUUAAGGGAUUUGCUACACCUGAACAAUGAAGAAGACGUUCCAGAUAUAGUGGCUGUAGGUCUACAAGAGGUUGAUGCCAAACCACAGUCCCUACUGAUAGAAUACAUCAAAGAGAACUCUUGGGUGAAGUUGCUGCAAGCAUACCUUGGGGCAUAUGGGCUUGUCAAGCUUCGAUCUAUACGAAUGCUUGGUAUGGUUCAUCUAGUUUCUGUCCAUCUUCGUCACCUGCCACACGUACGAGAGAUCAGGCAGGCAUUUUGCAAGACUGCUUUCCUUGGUCUUUUGGGCACCAAGGGAGCAGUGUCACUGCGGUUUACUCUUUAUGACCAAUCUUUCUGUUUCAUCAAUAGUCAUUUCGCAGCACAUGCUGAGUACACAGAAUACAGAAACUCGGAAUAUCAAACUGUUGUUGAUUAUCUAGCUUUCUCAAACUGCACUCCAGCCCAAGCCAUUGAACAUGAUUACAUUUUUUGGUCAGGGGACUUUAACUUUAGAAUAAAUGAAUCGAUUGAAAACAUCAAGGGAGCCUGUAGCAGGCAGGAAUAUGCAUCACUAUGGCAACACGACCAGUUAUUACAAAGCAAAGAUGCAAAACUCUCGUUCAUCGACUUCAAGGAAGGCCCGUUAGUCUUCAAACCAACAUACAAGUACAACCCUGGUUCAAGUGACUGGGAUACAGAAAGCGGCAAGUAUCGCAAACCAGCAUGGACAGAUCGAGUAUUGUGGAGAGAAAAACCAGAAAAAGCUGACACAGCACAACUCAUUACCUACAAAUCACAUGACCAAUACAUGACAAGCGACCAUCGGCCAGUCAGCGCAUUGCUCAGUCUCGACCUACCGGAUUCUGCGCUGAAAGUUGAGGAUCCUAUCGACUGGAAGAUGGAUUUGAUGAGUAUGCCGUGGUAUGGGAACGAGGAUGGUCUCUGUGUGUACGUCGUCAGCAACUACAAGACGUAUAGCUGGGACUGGAUAGGACUUUACAGAGUUGGUUUCCACCACAUAUGGGAUUACGAGAUGUACGAGUGGGCCGUGGGGGAUGGGGACGAGUACGGUGAGAAUGGCUGUGCGGUGCUUUUCGACUGUCUGCCCGAGGAGCCUGGGCACUACGUGAUGGCGUACUAUAGUUACAAGAUGGAGGCAAUCAUCUCCGUCAGCGAGGCAUUCGAGAUUCUCCCGCCUCGCGAUGAAGACAAAGACCCUGUGGAUGUACAAGUAGAGCAGCCGGAGCAGUCCACGGAAAACGUAUGAGCUCACGAGCUGAGAAGGGCUAUGGCAGCGGCAAUGUGCUUACAACUAGCAUCGGAAGUAGAAGGUUUUUAAAGGGGUUGGGAUGGGUAGGUUUGUGUCAGUAAAAUGUCUCAAAACAGCGUGAAUAAGUAAUCUUCAUUAGGAACUACCUACACGGUAGGUUUUUAUCCCAGUGAUACCGCAUAUAGAAAUGGACGUAGUGCGGAGCUAGAGGUCGUACCUCUGUAUAGAUUAUUAUUACAGAUUAUUACAUGGUAUUUCGCGAUAGAUAUUAUGUCCCACAAAAUGAUUUAAGAUUGAAGAGAAUAAGGAAAUACGUAAGAGAAAAAUGACGAUUUGAUUAUAACUAAAUAAUUUUGUAAGUUUUUAGAAUUAAUUAAUUAAGCUUAAGUAGACAAAGCAAGGACUGGCUGAAUUACUGGUGAACUUGGGAACCGGGAGGAGUUUUGUUAUGUAAAAACAAGAUCACAAAACUUUGUUCCUCAGUUACUGUGAAUGCAAGGACGCAAACAUGUUAAAUUUGUCUUGAUGAGUUUCCCGCUGAAAAUCUAUCACAUUCUCCGCGCAAAACCCUUCAGCUGCCAGCUUUGAUGUUGAUCGAUGCACCAGGUGCUAAUCUACUCGUGGCUGCACAAUAAAAUAGCUUUAGCUUAAACAAAAUAAUAUUAUUAUCAAAUAUCACUGUAUAUAAUCAUUGGCAUCGUUUGGUAUUAAACAGGGCUUGCAAUUAUCUAGGCUCGUUUUGCUAGGAUUUAACAGCUUCUUCGUAGUAUUAAACUGUGCAUUCUCUUGGAAAGUAUUUAAUCUGUUCCUUGUCCCCUGAGCAAACAGGAGCAUAACAAAGAGGUCUACUAACAUCGCACACUUUCCGAAUUGUCUUUGAAAUCCUUAAGUGUUGAAACACUAAGACUUCAUAAAAUAUUUCAGGCUCUUGUUAAGUUAUCGAUAUUCUCAGUUUGUAACUCAGUUUUCUGUGGUGUUGAGAAAUUCAAAUAGAUAUGUACGAGCUUAUUAAUGCCAGAGUUGUAAAAUAUUCAUACGAGAUCUAUAACCCUGUCUCUGUACAGAAAUCAUGGUGACAUGAGUGAAAAAUAAACGAAUUAAAAAUGUA